AUGGCCGACUCCAUUGACAUCAAGAAGACGAUGGCGUCCAGUGGCGUGGACGAGAAAACCGACUCUGCCACCUAUCGCAGCAGCGAUGUUGAGCUGCCUUUGGAUGCCCAGGUUGAGACAGACCUCAAUGUCACCGAGAACGACCUGGCUGAGGCCAAGGAGCUGGCUGGCAACCUGACCCUGGAAGAGGUUCGGCCCAUGAUGGAGAAAGUGAUCAUCAUCCACGAGAACGACCCCAACUUUCCCGCUAGCAUCGUCGACAAGAUCAAGGCCUUCCUGGGACCUGACCUCACCCCAAGGCAACGAUGCAAUCUUCGAGAACCCGAGAAGCAUGCCGUCCUCAUUGAGGAGAUCAAGAUGGAGGCUGCCUUGAUCACCGUCAACAGCCCUUAUGCCGAGGUGCGCGCUGUCGUUGACAAUCAUGACGAUGUGAACAUGCCUCGUGGUACGAUCCGGGCUUGGGUCAUCGGCAUGGUCUUUGCCUUUGUCCUCGCCUUCGUCAACCAACUCUUCUCCAUCCGCCAGCCGUACAUCAUCGUCCAGUCCAACGUGGCUCAGCUGUUGGCAUUCCCUCUCGGAAAGGCCUGCGAGAAGCUGCUCCCCGACGCCGGUUUACACACUCUGGGGUUGGGUCCAAUACCUACCAGCUUAUACCAACCAGAGCUACGCCGGCCAGUUCUCCUAUCAAAUUCUCAUCGCCUUGGCUACCAACUUCAUUGGCUACGGCAUGGCUGGUAUUAUCCGACGAUUCCUGGUGUACCCCUCGUAUUGCGUGUGGCCAGCCUCACUGGUGACAAUCGCUCUGAAUGCGGCUUCCUACAACGAAACAAACCAAGCGGUGGAGGGCCCUUUCGCAAGGUCUUCACCAUGACUAGGCUCAAGUUCUUCACCGUGGCCUUUUUUGCCAUGUUUGUCUACUUCUGGUUUCCUAACUGGACCAACACAUACAAUACUGCUUAUCUCCCCCUCAAUUCCAACCGGGUGUUCGACAACGUGGGCCAUCUUUACAACGUCACCAACGCCGUGGAUGAGCGUGGUCUCUUUAACUCGGCGAAAUACGAAGCCUACUCCUUUCCCUUCCUGGCCGCGGGCAACUUGGUUGAGUACAUGAUGUUUUUCGCCAUCUAUUCGGCGACUGUAUCGUACACGUACCUCUACCACCGCCACGAGAUCACCAUAGGCUUCAAGAGCCUCUUCAACAGCUUCCGCAAGAACAAGGAUAGCGAGAUGGGCCAAUACAAGGAUGCGCACAACCGUCUGAUGGCCAGCUACCGGGAGGUUCCCGAAUGGUGGUAUACUAUCGUUCUCCCUCUUGGGACACAUACACCUCGCCAGCCGUCAUAUUUCUACGGUCUGGCUCUCUGUGCCCUCUUCGUCAUCCCGGUCGGCAUCAUCAAGGCCAUGACAGGUGUGGAAGUCACACUGAACGUGCUUGCUGAGUUCAUCGGUGGCUCCUGGGUCGAGGGCAAUGCGCUGGCCAUGAAUUACUUCAAGUCGUUUGGCUAUGUUACCUGCGCGCUUGCCGUCUUCUUUUCCAACGACUUGAAGCUGGCACACUACGUGAAGAUCCCUCCCCGCCAGACGUUCGCCGUGCAAAUGAUGGGGACCCUGAUCUCUACCCUUGUCUGUACCGGCGUGCUCAACUUCCAGAUGAACCAGAUUCCGGGUGUUUGCACCCUGCUGUGCUCUGGGCACCGUGGGACCCAUCAAAGUCUUCGGAAAGGGCGGCCAGUACACCUGGUUGCUGGUGGCUUCCCCAUCGGAUUCGUCGUGCCCUUUAUCAUCUACUACAUGAACAAGAAGUAUAAGAAGUCGUGGAUGCGACAGAUCCACCCCGUGGCCAUCUUCUACGGCGCUCUCUCGGUGGCGCCCUACAACCUGGCCUACAUCUGGCCCGCCGUGCACAUCGCGUGGUUGUCCUACAACUUCGCUCUGUCGGCAUCCUUCAGCAGCGCUAUUGCCGUCGCCGCCAUCAUCAUGUUCUUCGGCCUCCAGUGGUCCGAGAUCGAACUCAAUUGGUGGGGUAACACUGUCGUGUCCGAGGGCUGUGAGGGUGAUGCCUGCACGCUGCUCACGGUCAAGGAGGGCGAGUAUUUCGGCCCGCGGUAUGGUGAUUUCCACUGA